AAAGUGCGGCAUCUGUCAAGAGCUUCGGUGGAGAUAAAUAGAAAACACAUACGUUGGAUCCCAAUUGACAGAGGACUUUACGAAACAUGUGCCUGCCAAAUGUGACAGCUAAAAUAAAUAGUUGGAAAGACAAUUGUCAGAUGGGCACGAGCAGUGGCGGGCGCUCAGAGACGUCACAAUACUAUGCAAAUGAGGACCGCCGGCGCGCAUGCGUGCUGUCCUCUCGAGUGUUUCCCAAGUGUUUCAAACUGGGUUCGCUGUUUCCACGUUGGAUUCAAAGCCCCGGGAUUGGGAUCGGACUGUGUAGGGGUAGAGGGGCACUGAGGCCAAGGAGGCUGUACCCACACUCGCCGAUGUAAGGGGAGAGCUCUCCAGUCCACGCCUCGCUCUGUCCCGGCAGUGUCUUUUCAAAUUUGCUUGUUUAUUUUUUCCUAAAAGAGAAAGGCGGAGUGAGCGAGAGUGAGGGGCUGAGGCUUGCACCGUGUGAGCGAACGAGUGUGGCCCAAGGAAAGUCCGUCUGUUCCCCUCCCCUAUUGCCCCAACAAAUAACAAAUGUAGCUUGCAAGAUGCUGAGUCCUGCGAACGGGGAGCAGCUGCACGCUGUGAACUAUGUGGAGGACUAUCUGGAUUCAAUCGAGUCUCUGCCUUUCGAUCUUCAGAGGAACGUUUCUCUGAUGAGGGAAAUCGAUGCUAAAUACCAAGACAUCCUGAAGGAGCUGGACGAGUACUACGAGAAGCAUCGGCGGGAGACGGACGUGGUGCAGCGCCGGCGCAUCCUGCACUACAUCCAACGGGCUCUGAUCCGCAGCCAGGAGCUGGGCGAUGAGAAGAUCCAGAUCGUCAACCAGAUGGUGGAGCAGGUGGAGAACCGGAGCCGGCAGGUGGAGGGGCACGUGGAGCUCUUCGAGAACUGUGCCGACGCCAGUGACGCCAAUGGCAAGUCCUCGCUGGACAGGUCCAGGAGCGAGGGCACGGCCCCCGCGGAGAAGGCCAGCGCCAAGAGGUCCAGGAGGCAGCGCAACAAUGAGAACCGGGAGAUCACUUCCAGCAACCACGACCACGAGGAGACCAGCGCCGGAAUGCCCAAGGAGAAGAAGGCAAAGACCUCCAAGAAGAAGAAGAGGUCCAAGGCCAAGGCGGAGAGGGAAGCUUCUCCCACCGACCUCCCCAUCGAUCCCAACGAGCCCACCUACUGCCUGUGCAACCAGGUCUCCUACGGAGAGAUGAUCGGCUGUGACAAUGAUGAAUGUCCCAUCGAGUGGUUCCACUUCUCCUGUGUGAGCCUCCACCACAAACCCAAAGGCAAAUGGUACUGCCCCAAGUGCAGGGGCGAGAAUGAGAAGACCAUGGACAAAGCACUGGAGAAAUCCAAAAAGGAAAGGGCGUAUACCAGGUAGUUCCAGGGUCAGUGCCUGCGCUCUGUACAGCAACAGAUCCCUGUGUAUUUAUUACUGACGCGUCCCCCUCUCUCUGGCCGAGUGGAUAGUGGGGAGUGUUCUAAAGAAGGCAUUUGUUCUGGAGACCAGUUUCUAGGUUUUUUUUCCAAGUAACAGUGAGGACUCAAAGAGCCCAGGUUUUUAUGUUUCUUGUCCGGUGCCUGGACUAGUUUUUGUUUUGUAAAAAAAACACUUUCUUGAAAAAAAUUGUAAAAAUGUCAAUUGUCAUUUCCUUUUUUUAAAAUCUACAUCUCUCUCUGGACAAAAACAAUAAAGAAGAGGAAAUGGUUUUUAUUAAAAAUAUUUAUCAGAAAUAGCUGCCUUUUUAGUUUCUCAAGAGUUUGUAUAAAUGUACAGGUAGGAACUUUCCAUGUAUAGUGUAUGAUUCACAGUAUUGGGGUUUAACCAGAUUGUAAGAAAUAAUUUUAUUGUUACUUGUUUAACAGAAACAUGUACAGAUGUGAUAUACAUUAUAAAGGAUGAAGGAAGGAGCUGUGUGUGUGAUUU